CUCUUGGCUCAGCGCGGCCCGCUGCAAUCCGUGGAGGAACGCGCCGCCGAGCCACCGUCAUGCCUGGGCACUUACAGGAAGGCUUCGGCUGCGUGGUCACCAACCGAUUCGACCAGUUAUUUGACGACGAAUCGGACCCUUUUGAGGUGUUGAAGGCAGCAGAGAACAAGAAAAAAGAAGCCGGCGGGGGCAGCGUUGGGGGCCCUGGGGCCAAGAGCGCAGCUCAGGCCGCAGCCCAGACCAACUCCAACGCGGCAGGCAAACAGCUGCGUAAAGAGUCCCAGAAAGACCGCAAGAACCCGCUGCCCCCCAACGUUGGCGUGGUUGACAAGAAAGAGGAGACGCAGCCGCCCGUGGUGCUUAAGAAAGAAGGAAUAAGACGUGUUGGAAGAAGACCUGAUCAACAGCUGCAAGGUGAAGGGAAAAUAAUAGAUAGGAGACCAGAAAGGCGACCACCUCGUGAACGACGAUUUGAAAAGCCACUUGAAGAAAAGGGUGAAGGAGGAGAAUUUUCAGUUGAUAGACCGAUUAUUGAUCGGCCCAUCCGAGGCCAUGGUGGUCUUGGAAGAGGUCGAGGAGGCCGUGGACGUGGAAUGGGCCGAGGAGAUGGAUUUGAUUCUCGUGGCAAACGUGAAUUUGAUAGGCAUAGUGGAAGUGAUAGAUCUUCUUUUUCACAUUACAGUGGCCUGAAGCAUGAGGAUAAACGUGGAGGUAGCGGAUCUCACAACUGGGGAACUGUCAAAGAUGAAUUAACUGACUUGGAUCAAUCAAAUGUGACUGAGGAAACACCUGAAGGUGAAGAGCACCCAGUUGCAGACACUGAAAAUAAGGAGAACGAAGUUGAAGAAGUAAAGGAAGAGGGUCCAAAAGAAAUGACUUUGGAUGAGUGGAAAGCUAUUCAAAAUAAGGACCGGGCAAAAGUAGAAUUUAAUAUCCGAAAACCAAAUGAAGGUGCUGAUGGGCAAUGGAAGAAGGGAUUUGUUCUUCAUAAGUCAAAAAGUGAAGAGGCUCAUGCUGAAGAUUCAGUUAUGGACCAUCAUUUCCGGAAGCCAGCAAAUGAUAUAACGUCUCAGCUGGAGAUCAAUUUUGGAGACCUUGGCCGCCCAGGACGUGGUGGCAGGGGAAGACGAGGUGGCCGUGGGCGUGGUGGACGUCCAAACCGUGGCAGCAGAACUGACAAGUCAAGUGCUUCUGCUCCUGAUGUAGAUGACCCUGAGGCAUUCCCAGCUCUGGCGUAACUGGAUGCCAUAAGACAACCCUGGUUCCUUUGUGGACCCUCCCAUCUGAGGUUUUGCAUGCUUAAGGAUCCCAAACAACUUAAGAACUUAAAAAAAAAAAAAAAAGACUGUCAUUCAUACCAUUCACACC